GAUCAUCAUAAGCAGACACCAGGCUCCAGGACCUGACAUUCACCGAUCGGGAAAAGCAGAGCGAGAACAGGGAGAGCGAGAGAGGAGUGAGAGAGAGAGAGAGAGAGAGACCGAGGGCUUUUUCCACUGCGAGCCGAGCGACUCGAUCCGCGACUGCGGUUCCUCCGACACUGACGGCUAAAAGCGCGGUCUUGUGGCUGACGUUUCCCUGUUGGAUUGUAGUGUUGGACGUCGGAUGCGGGCUUGUUUUGACUAGAGCGACACCCUCCCUCCUCCCCAGACCUAGCGGAUUUGCGAGGGAUCUAAUCGCUGCGUGCAAGCUUCCCCGACUGUCCGGUGAUCUUGCGCGGCUCCGGAGUCGAGCUCUGCACCGCCGAGGCGCCUCACCACCAGCAAACCUUCCCGAGAUCCGAUUUCUCCGAAGAACAACCGGGACAUAAGCGUUUUUGAUUGGAUCCCCCCCCUACCGUGCCGCUACCUUGUUGGAGUCGUCGGAUCGGGUGUAAAUCCUAUUUUGUUUUUCCUCUUCAGAGGCUCGUUGACGCCAUUUUCCUCGAGGUUUUCUGUCAAAAACAACCACCAACAUUCCGAAGCCGCUUGACAGCUCGCCGGGAGGCUGUCAUCCCAUCCGUCGCCUGAGUAAAAUGUUUCUAAAUGGAUCGUAAAUGAUCGUGAUCAAAUAUUUACGCAAGUGUGUGACAACAUCAGACAUGGAAUGUCCCGGGCUUCGCUGCAUCUCUGUGGGUCAACCCACCCAACCACAGUAGCUCAUCGGGAACACCCAGCCACUCAACGCACCUCUGUUCUCUGUCUUCCUAUUGGCUGGCUGCCACAGCUUGCCCCAUCCUGACUGGCUUUGGCGGGAGCGUGGAUGGAGCCAAGAGAUCUGGUUGGCUCAGCCCGACCCAAAGAGGGGGAGUUACAGGGAGUCAGGGUGGAGCUGAAUAAAGAAGGUCGUGAUGGAGCAGGGGGCAUCAACUUAGCACGAAAUGACAAUGUGAUCAGCACCGUUAUCGGCGAAGGGGAGGGGAUCGAGGAACAAGGUGAGCCGCUUCUGGAAGAACAGGAAUUCUCCAUUAAGGAGGCAAGUUUCCAGGAAGGAAGUCUGAAGCUGAAGAUACAGACAACCAAGCGGACCAAGAAGCCCCCCAAGAAUCUUGAAAACUACAUUUGCCCACCUGAGAUCAGGAUGACCAUCAGGCCUCCAGUAGGAGAGGCUAAAGGAGGAAGGCAAGGACGAGCAGGAAGUGGUACUGGCGCAGGGCGGAGUCAGAAGGAUGAAGACCGAGGACCCCCCAGGAAAAGAACAUAUGAGCGCCAGUUCAGAGCACCCGACCAGCGAGAGGGAGGCCUCCUGCAACUUCUUGGAGACAGCGCUCCAGCCAAACACCAGCCCCGCAGCACUCCUCUAUCUGCACUCACACAUCAUCACGCACAAUCAAUGCAGAGUAAUCUUGCACAACAGUUCCAUCACCUCCAUGGGCACCAACAUCAAAUCACUUCAGACUGGAUGGUGUCUGCACCUUCUGCUGCUGCUGCUGCCAAUCAAGCAGACUCCGAAUCAGUGCGAGAACUGGCAGGGGCCUGUAAAACGACUUUGCUCGAUCCAACACAGUCCUUCUCACGAACAUUGACACAAAGUCCUUCACCACAAAGAUCCUUGACCCCGGACCUGCAAAUGCCGGUUGUUACAGAUGCCAGUAUUCUCAACCUGACCUCCCUCAGCAGGGGAAAGGUUUUGCAGGAGGAUUCCGAACAACUAUUUGGGAAGAUCAAAAGGAAAUAUGGCAGGAAAGAUACACCGAGGACGCUCUGUAAUCCCCACAGUGCGGAGACACCAUGGGGAAGACUGCCGGAGAAUAGCACAGAAAGGCCAGUUAAUGCAGAAGAGCGACAACGAUUCAGACAAGAAGAAACAAGUGAGCAUUACCAUCAGGAUAGAGAGGAACGAAGGAAAGAUGAAAAGGAGGUAACAAUUCUCGGGAGGAGAGGAGAUGAAGAGGACAGGGAGGCGCCCCUUCAAACAGAGGAUGGGAAGGGCAGAAAGAGGAGAAGGAGGCCUUCUUUUGACGACUCAUUUUCCGUGGAAGAGCCAUCUCUGCAUCAGCAAGACCCCGUCACCACAGACAAGCACCAUCUGAAACCUCCCGAACCCAAAGUAGCACACAAAGUGGAUGUGAACAAACAUGAUUCUCGACUCGCAAAUCGUGUUGAUGUCUUUUCUGAGAGAAAAGAGAAAAAAGAAAAGGGAGAGAACUCGGACAGAGCAGAGAAGGAAGAUCAAGGAAGGGAGGCAGUUAAAGGAGUGGCAGACCCAGAGUUGGCCUUAAGCCUGACUAAAAUUAAUAAGAACACAGUAAGCCGUUCAAAAACCAUUUCAGACAUAUCGAGACACACAGAGCCGUCUCACAACCACACAAACAAGGCUAACUUUACCGGUAAUCCCCGUCUGCCUAGUCCAAUCCCGAGCCCCAAGAGUAGCAUCAGCCCAAGCCCCAGCCCUAAACCCAGGGCUUACCUUAGCCCCAGUCCAGUUCCAAGAGCUACCCUGAGUUCAAGCCCAAGCCACAGCAGCAGCUUGAUGUCUGGCUCCAGGCAAAGCAAGGCCAAAGACAGAUGGUCCUAUCUAAAAUCAAAAAAUCACACAAGCCUUGAGCUAUCUCAGCAGGACAGCAAUGCAAGCCCAUCCACAUUGGCUGACCCACCCUCAGCCUUCCCAAUCACUCCUUUGAGUCCUCUCUACACAAACACAGACAGUUUGACAGUGCAUACUCCUAUCAAGAGAAAACGUGGACGUCCCAAGAAACAGCCUUUGCUUACAGUGGAAACCAUCCAUGAGGGAACCUCAAAUUCACCCCCAAGCCCACUGGCACAGGAAACCUCUGUUGGACAAAAUCGAUUUAAGAGGACACAUGCAUUUAACACACUGGGGCAGAUGAGUCCAAUGAUGUCAAGUGCAAAUUUUGACAGUCUGAAAAUGAAGCAUGCCAGAAGCCUCUCCAAGCCAGAACAUAAAAUACAAUUUGGAAAAAUGCAGAACAUUCUCAGUUCAGUCAUGUCUGACUCUAGUCAGAGUCAUAUUUCCACACUCAAAUCAUCUUCUGCACCCGCCAUUUCUGCAAUGAAUGCCAUGGCACCCAGCAUUGAGAAUCGCCUGGGCAAACAGAUAAAUGUCAGUAAGAGAGGAACCAUCUACAUCGGCAAGAAGAGAGGGCGAAAGCCAAGAGCAGAGCCACAGAAUUCCAGGGACAAGCCCCUACAUUCUGCUUCAACACCCAGCCUCUACGAUAGUCCUCUAGUGCCUUCCGUCAGCUCUUCUCCAAGCUCUGGGCCUCCAUCUAUGAAAGCCAGUCAAUCUGAUGCCACUAUGCCGAGUCUACAACCCAUUUCUGCACUGCCUUCUAAGCCAAUCAGCAGGAGCCUCUUAUCUGGGGGAUGGAAAUUGUCCCCGCCACGUCUUUUAGCUAAUUCCCCCUCCCACCUGUCAGAGGGUGCAUCAUUGAAAGAGGUGACAUUGUCCCCCAUCAGUGAAUCCCACAGCGAGGAGACGAUUCCCAGUGACAGUGGAAUUGGCACAGACAACAACAGCACUUCAGAUCAAACUGAAAAGGGUCCUGCCUCUCGACGCAGAUAUUCUUUCGACCUCUGUGGAUUCGAGUCUGCGGAGGCAGCGGCGCUGGAAACAUCUGGAAGGAACAACAGAGCGCGGUGUGAGAGACAAGUUGCUGCUGUGGAUAAUUUCCUUUCACAGCCGGAGAAAAAGCAAAAACAUCACAGGCGAAAGAGGAAGUGCCUACCGAGCCGGGAUCAACUUCACUUUCUUGCCGAGCUGGAGGAGGUUGUGAUAAAACUUCAGCAGCUUCGAGUGUCUCACAGAAGAUACACCUGCUACUCUCAGCAUCCAUACCCUUCCAUAUUCCGCCUCAACUUCCAUCAUUACUACCCUGUUACCUACGAUUCCUACCCCUACGAUUCCAGCUCAUACAUCCGCAGAAGUGCUGAGUUAAAGGCCAAAAGAAGACGUGGUCGUCCCGUCAAAGCCAAUGAGCCAAUCACAUCUAAGCUGCCUUUUGUUCAAGGAUAUGGUUACCCACUACCAGGGGGAAACUACUAUGCAGCACCAUAUGCUGUGCCUUAUGCACCACAUUUGAGUCUGGGCUACUUUCCCCCUGGUCCACCCUUUUACCUGCCCCACCACUCCCUUGGAGCCACACCUCCAUCACCCUUUAUGAGGCCUGCAGUCCCUCCUCCAAAGGCUUUUCACUCUACUGCUGGACACUCAAAGUUGCAGUCUGGACUAAAGCUCUGUGGAGUCAGUGGACCACCCCCAACACCUUCUCUCAGAGGCGAAGGACUAGGAUCUGUGAGCAGUGUCAAUGCUGGUGGUUUGGCAGGGGUUCGACUCCAUAAGAGGAAACACAAGCACAAACACAAGCACAAAGAGGAGCCCCUACUUUCACAGCGAGAGCGGCAGGACUUAGGUGGUCUCUUCAGUGGAGCGAAGACAAGUGCACAUCACAACAUGAUGAGUGACAGAAGGGAGUUCAUCAGUCAGGGUUCUGCAAAGAAUCAGGACGUGCAAAGGGGCAGAGGAAGAACCUCCAGCCACGGAUCCAGUCUGGGGUUGUUUGAGUCAGACCAGCUAAGCCCACAUUCCGUAACUGACAACCCAUUCCACUCCCGUCAGACCGGACAGCAGAAGAACAGCUUCAUGAGCAGCUACGCUAGUCAAUCACAAUGUCUGGAGUCGUCACCCGUUCUCUUCCUGGGAUCUCAAGAUGACAAGUGUGUUGGGAGGAGUAAGAAGGCAAGGCACUCAGUCUUUGGAGAUCAGGACUUGAUGUCAGUCCAAAGCAGCAGGCAGGUGCCAGAACAGAUGAACAGCGUGUCCACUUCUCCACUAUCUGGUGCUCCUAGUAAGCGGAGAUAUAAGCGUCGAGAGGUGGAACAGAUCCAGAAGGAUGUGAGGAGGAUGCAUUCUUUGAACUUUGAGCAUGUGCAGAAGAUAUUGCGUGCCAAGCGCCUGCAGCGACAAGCCAAAACAGGAAACAAUGUCAUCAAAAGACGACCUGGACGGCCUCGAAAACAAACCACAAAUGAAACUGAGAAGGAGGAGCACCAGGCAGACAGCCGCGGUUCUCAACACUUGGCAGGCAGACGAGGUAACGGUCGGACACUGGGGAUGCCUGUUCUGGAGAGGUGUGAUGACCUGCCAGGUAGGCAGAGCCUUAGGCCCAGUUUGACCCCUGAGCCUCGGGAAUUCCCUAGUCAUGAUUCCGUUUCUGCUACAAUCGAGACAGUGGUUCAUAAAGCACGCACCGUGCCUCCGCUGGCUAAAGGAGGUAAACGCAAAAGCAGGGGCCACAGCAGGGACGAGUUAUGGGCUCCGUCUAGCAAAUAGACUCUCAAGAGAAUGCGGACGGAGAUUUCUCGAGGAGCCCAUUCUGUCUUAAGCCAUUAAGAUGCAGUGACCUUAAUUCUAGAACUCCUCUGUGCACUUGUCCUCACUGAUUUUAAGACAACAUGAGCCUUUCCAGGAUUCAGUGGACCUUCAUUCAAUGCGGCACUAUACGGUUCUCUUUGAUACUGGAUCUGAUAAUAUUCUGUGUUACUUUCGUAGCGUAGGAUCUUCUGUGAUUCUUUAUGUAUCUCAUACAGUGAAGUGUAUUUAUAAAACUGUAUCUGAAUGUGGCUUCAGCCAUAUAUUUACCAGCAAGGGUGGGGUGGGCUAGUGUUAAUAUAAAACUGUGCAGCUCUGCUUAUUUGCCUUUUUCUGUGGAUGCUUGUCAAAGAUGUGGAUGCUUGUCAAAGGGAUAUUACAGAAACAAAAAUGAAGCCACCUUAUGUCUUUCUGCUCCCCUGCAAUUGUUCCUGUUGUUUGCUUACUAUCUAAGGGUUAUUUUGGCCUCCCAAAUCCCUGCCUUCCUUUCACAAUCCUCCAACUUUCUCCUGUGGCUUGCGUCGCUGUUUCUUUUGUUGUCCAUUCCGAUUUGAGUCCAAACUGUAUCAUCCACGUUCUCUCCUCUGUCUCUCUCUCUCCCGGUCCAAUGCUGAAGCCUGUCCUGGCCAAUGAUGUAAAGGCCAUGUGGUGGACGCAAGACUGUACAUACAAAUCCACUUCUGCCUGCCAUGUAAAAUGGGACACCAGCUCAUAGAAAUGUACUGACUUGCAGCAGAUCAAAUACAACUGUACUAUAGACAAUGAAAGUAAUGUGUUGUUCUAUAACCAAAAAAGUACGUGGGUGUGACUCGAGACAAGUUUGUUUUUAGACAGAAAGCACUGCAUAUAUCCAUUCAUACUCAUUAUUGUGUUUAUAUCCGGUCGUGUUGCGUACAGUGGAGAUAUCAGGCGUGUCUUUGGGAAAACUUUGAUUUAAUGCACUAUGAAAAAGAGAGACACUUGGAUCAAUCAAACGCAGCACUUACAUGCCUGUUCCCGCCUUAUUUUUGGGCCUUCGAUGGUGGAUACCCAUCCCGGGGAGCAUGCAUUACUCUUAAUCAAUUCAUAUAUAUGCAGGCUGCGCAGCCAAAAGCGUUGAACUGAAGCCCAAAUCUGAAAUGACUGCACAGUUCAGCAGCAGGGGAGGGCUCACUGUCAGUAUUUUUGAAAACCUAAUCCUGGUCUUAUAAUUCCUAACCUUGGAAAGAUAUUUCAGGAUGAAAUCAGAUUUGGGAAACCAAAGUCUCCGUGUAAGGUUUGUUUUAGUUUCUUCUGAAGUGAGAGUGACUGUUAACCACGUCAUCUCUGUGCACCCUGGAAUGUGCAGUAGACACCUGAGGUUUAUUUUAUGUCAAAUGUGUUUCUCUCUUUAUUGAUGGGUCAGUGUUACCGUCCGGUUUUCAGAUACACAGAUAUACAUAUAUAUCGCCUGGAUCCUUAGUUGCAGUAGGUGAAGUUGUGCCUUAUGAUUGUUUUUGCUCUUACAGUUGCAUCAAUUAGAGGUAACCAGCCAGCAGCCCUGUAUUAGAACUAAAAUGAGUCACUCAGUCUUAAGCGUCAAAUACACUAUCCUUUUCCACUUCAUAAGAGAUGUUUGACGACCACAUAACGUUAAAAACAAUUUAUACUAGAAAUAAAUAACACCUCCUUCUUCAACUUGCUGAAAACAAAAAAGAAAAUUCUGAGGUUGAGACACAAAUGCAGUGAUAUACAUGAUACAUUUAAAGCCAUUUACAAUUGUGUCCCACUUGACUAUUGCCUGCUGAAUAAGGGUUCGAUAUUCAUUAAUAUAUAAGGGAUGAGUCUAAAUAUCACAUUCAUGCUGUGUGAAUCAGUAUGUUUAAUGUUGGAGUCUUCCUUCUACUACUAAAUAUGUCAAAAUGUUUUCCUCCGGUGGACGUCAGAUAUCUCUUUUGGCUGGUUAAAAAAGAGUAGUGUAUAUUUGGCUUAACCCACUGCAAUACUGACCGCGUAUCUUCUCCGCUCCUUCAUCCCCCCCUAGACAAAAGCGUCUCUCCAUCACCUCUAUAGGUGUCGUUGUCAUCACAAUUGGCAAACUCCCACCAGCCCAAUCGAUUACUUCCCAUUAACAGGUUUUGUGCGACGCAUACGGUGAGCUAUGGCGACUGCCGUGUUGGUACACAUUGUAAGCUAUGCAUCGGGCUGUGCCUGGCAAUAACCUUAAAAGAAAUUCUGGGCCCACCCUUCACGUGAUACAAGUGGUCUUAUUUACUGAGUAAAACAAACACAUGUAAGAAACUGUAAAUACUACCAGGAAUAAUUUGUGCAGAAAAUGACUAUCAUUUCAAGAAAAAAAAACAAACAAAAAAAACUAUAGUUACUGCGACUCUAUGCAGUGGAGCCUUAACCAGAUGUAAAAUUACAGUAUUGAAGUGAUUGUUGUAAAUAGUUUGAGUAUGUCUUCGGUGCAUUGGGACCAUUUGGGCUCCACUCAGCUCUCUGUUUUUGUUCUUGAGACGCUCUCCCCCAAGUUCUGACAGCCAUCACUGCAAAGCUAAAUUUAUUGCCUUAUCACAACGCUAAAGCUUCUAAACACAAAACCGUGGUAGGCUUGAAAUGAGUGGAGGUAAAAAAUAGAAAUCCCUGCCAAGCACCAGCCAUUUCCAGUCCGCCAGGGCAAUACGCUUGCAUAAACAAAAUGCAAGAAGCUUGUGAGUGGGUGCGCUCAGAGGUAAUAGCCAAAAAUACAUUUUCUUAGCGUCAGUGUGCUCAACCUUGCUUUCUGAGAUGACUUUACGCAGUCUGUUGUGGUGAAGUCAGGAGUCUAGAUGUGCGAUUUGCAAGGUGCAGAGAGUAAACACGUGCUGUGGUCAGUCAACCUUCGAGUGUGAAAGUUUAGGACUGGGGGUGUCGUCUGUCCUGUCUGUCUCUUCUACCAGCCAGCGUUCCGGUGCCUUCUAACACUGACAAGUAUUGUCCUGAUCCUGGGCUUUGACUCUCCAGAGAGACUGUGGAGGGCUUAGGAAGGGGGUCUCUGAAGCUGUAUUAGCAGCCAACGUGGACUCAACUGGGGCACUGAUGUCAAGACCACGUCUUUGCUCGGAGCAGCGAAGAAGUUAGCGAAAUAUGAUCCAGUGGCACCUAAAUUUGAUCGCCCCGUGAAGGGCCUGUGGCAAUCAGCCCAAACGUCCACACACACAGAGUCGCACACGCAAAAGUCAUAUGAGACAGAGACUCAUCAAUGUACUUGUGGUCAUCCCCACAGCAUCCGUCACAUUUUAAGCUAUCAUGUUCAAAGCCGAAAGUGCAGAUGACGCAUCGACGAAAACCAAUAGAUGUAUUUUGUUAGAGCACAAACGGAGCUCUUUCUGACAGCGUGGGCAUAUUUUUGUUUGUAUACAUAGUGUAUUUAAACCUUUUCUAGAGUGAACUUCCUUUAUUUGCAUGUUCAACUUGAUUGUACGCAUAAAUAUUUUAGACAAACUGAAAGUUGAAUUUGAAUUAAAUUUGGAUCAACAGUUGUACAUUGUUUGAUAUGUUUUUUUGUAAUGGAUUUUUUAAUUCAUGAAGCAUUUUUGUACAUUGUAUGAAUAUUAAAAUCUGCAAAUAUUUGACAUAUAGAGUAAAUAACAGAUGCGCAUGCAUAUGCAUAUAUUCUUCACAGUAUGUAUGUGUAAAUGUACACAUAUAUUUUGUAUUUGCAUCGGCUGGCAUACAGAUAUAUGUCAUUAGUACAUAUAUACAUGCAAUAUAUAUAUAUGUAUAUCCAUGUCUGCUGGCAUGCUUUUGGUCAUGUUUAUCUUUUAUGAACUUGUAGGUAUUUUUUAUUUCUUUCCUCAGAAAGAAAAGCUCAUUAUUUUGCUGUCCAUCUGCUGGCUGACAGCUUUGAGCACUUAUUAAGAAGAACUACCGUUGAAGUUGUUCAUGUUAUCCAUUGUGUGAAAUAAUAAAUGACUUUAUU